AUGCCUAUAUUAUCGAAACUGGCAUAUUCUCUUGGAUUUCCUGUGCUAACCACAAAUUGCUACGAAACACUGCAUACAUGGAAUCCGGAUUGUAAUCAAGCAAUAAUUGAUACUAUUCCUGAGGGGAUUCUCUUUUGUCUAAAAGUCUAUGCUCCAUUUUAUUUGACAACUUCUUUAAUUGCGAAAAAAGGUGAUGUGCGACGAGUUGAUUGGAUCCGUUAUUUUCGGGAUGUUAUUCGAUCUUCUAUAUUUCUCAACUUUAAUAUGAUAUUUUUUAUUUUCUUUCUUUGCCGGAUAAGAAGUGUAUUGGGCUUUUUCACUCCUAUCUCCAUGGGUUUGGUUAGUAGCAUGAUUGGAAGUUUUUUUUCGUUGCUAAUUGAAAAACGUAGUCGCUGGCCUGCUUUAGCGCUCUACUUAACUAAUUUGGCAUCUGAAACUCUGUUUCGGCAACUCUCAAAUCAUGGAUAUAUUCCAAAAGUCAAAAAUGCAGAAGUUAUACCGUUUGUGAUUGGAAUGGGCCUAUUCUCGCAUCUCUAUUCGACGAAGAAACUUGAGAGUGGAGCGAAAAAAGCAUUGAAUCUUAUACAUAAUCCUUGCAAAGAGAGGGAUAUCGCUGAGGACUAUCCAGUUCCAAAGCAAUUCAAAGCAUUCCUAUACGAUCUCAGAAAAGAAUAUGGAAAAUCUCAACUAUGUGAACAUAGGCAUUCUUGUGUCAGUAAUAUUGCGGAGAGUUUCAUGAGCAAUUUUACGUUUGGAAUUGGAUUGAGCUCUGCACUGGUGCUGCUUAAGAAUAUAACAAUUUUGUUCAAGAAUCCUAGAAAAAUAUUGGAACAGUUAUUUUCCAAGUCAUCGCUUAGAAUUCCUACAUUCUUUGGUUUAAUGCCACUGAUAUUCCAUACGGUGAGGUGUUCCAUGAAUCGUUUCCCUCAAUCCGGUAACACUUGUCGAAAUAUCAUUGCGGGAGCUGCUUCUGGUCUUGCAAUGUUAGCAUUUCCAAAUGUUGCCAUAGCCAUGUAUGUUAUGUGGAAAGCAAUUGAGAUAAUUUUUUAUGAUCUUGUAAAACAAGGAAAAAUCCGACCACUACCAUAUGGGGAUUUGCUGUUAUAUACCGUAUCUACUGGUUAUGUUCUUUGGCAAAUUAUUAUUGAGCCACAAGCGAUUCGGAAAGGUUAUCUCAAAUUUUUGCUGGGACUCACAGGAAAUAGGAUGUCUUUGCUGAAUCGUGAUCUAUACGAACAUUUUGGUUACCAGUCACGUUUAUUGUUUCCAUAUCGCCCAGUGCUCAAUACCAAAUAUGUUACAAUAAAUCCAAUGCUUUAUCAACCAAUCGCUCCGUGUUCUGGAAUUUGA